AUGCUGUCCGCAGUUCUUGCCGCGAUUCUGCUGGCCGUGCUCUCUACACUCAGAGCGCCCACGCUUUCGCUCAACGUCUCGAGUUGCCCCGGCCAUACUCUGAGCGCGCUGCAGGAGAUGGACACUGGGCUGGCCGCUCAGCUCAAACUGGCCAGCCUUGCUUGCAACGUGUUCGGGCAGGGUAUUCCCCUGUCUUACACCAGGAUCUCUUCUCUUUCCCCCACGCCCAUCUCGACAGACAACUCCACUGCCCUUGAUGGCUCCCCGCUAGCGUUCGGUUCCCAGUACAUUCAACUCGCGUCUGCGCUUCCGCUCGAGACGAACAUCUACGGCCUUGGAGAGGUCAUCGCGAGCAGCGGUUUCCGCAGAGACGCUGGCACCGAAGGCGGCGUCGGGAUGAUCCAAAAGAUGUGGGUGCGGGACGUUGCUGAUCCCACCGACCGGAGCGCGUGGGUUUCUUUCCUUGCUCUCGAGAAGUGCACCAUGGCUGAUUCGUCUCUGCAGCCAUGGUUCGCAUCCCAUCUACAUCGAGCACCGCUGAGAGCGACACCAAACCGCCGUGAAGUCUCUCAUGGCAUGAAGCAAGUUAAUGACAUUCCACAUCACUGGCGGCCCUAUCGGCCCCCACGCUCCAACGCGCGCGACGCGCCUUCGAGCGGAAUGUUCGCGUUGUAUAUGCGCCACACCCGCUCGCGCAUCCCGGUCCAGCUGAAGCAACCUCAGCGGCAUGAAUGGAAGCCGAGGCUCCACAUCGGCUGCCACGUCUGCAGGCCUGCGAAUGCGCCGUACUGCUCGGUGGCCCCCUGCGGGCUCGGGCCGGACAAGUGA